AUGGGUAAAUCCGGCUCUGGCAAAACUUCGAUGCGUUCCAUUAUCUUUGCCAAUUAUUUGGCACGUGAUACGAUGCGUCUGGGACCUACGUUGGAUGUGGAGCACUCACAUGUGCGUUUCCUCGGUAAUUUGGUCCUGAAUCUGUGGGAUUGCGGCGGCCAAGAUGCUUUUUAUGAAAACUAUUUCGAGAGUCAGCGUGACCAUAUUUUCCGUAGUGUGGAGCUGUUAAUUUACGUGUUUGACAUUGAGAGCCGUGAAAUUGACAAAGAUAUGGCUCAUUUUGAUGGCUGUUUGGAGGCCAUUGAUCAGAACUCGAGCAAUGCAAAGGUGUUUGUGCUGAUCCACAAGAUGGAUCUCGUGCCUGAGGACCAACGUGAGCGUGUCUUUAAUCAAAAAAAGGAAACUAUCUUGGAGAGGACAGGUCAGCUUCCGACAGUGUGCUUUGGCACGUCCAUCUGGGACGAAACGCUGUACCGUGCAUGGUCAUCUAUCGUGUACUCGCUGAUCCCGAACAUGCAGGACCUAGAGAAGCACCUGAACAACUUCUGCUCUAUCUGCAGCGCGGACGAGGUGGUGCUGUUUGAGCGUGCGACGUUCCUUGUGAUCUCCCACGCCACGCACACAAACCACCGCGAUAUCCACCGUUUUGAGAAGAUCAGCAACAUUAUCAAGCAGUUCAAGCUGAGCUGCAGCAAGACACAGGCGCAGUUUCAGGGCAUGGAGGUUCGUAAUUCAAACUUUACGGCCUUCAUUGAUUUCUUUACCGCCAAUACGUACAUCAUGAUUAUCAUGUCCGACGACUCGAUCCAACCGGCGACGAUCCAGCUAAACAUUAAAGCAGCCCGCCCCGUGUUUGAGGAGCACGUGCAGCAGACGAGCUAA